AUGGGCUGGGCGAGACACCUAGCCGGGAGCGACAUGGGCGUGCACUUCCGGACGAGCUUGAGCGCCUUAUCUGCCGUAGCGCGCGCUAAACUCCGAGGCGAGACAGAAAUUACCGAGCAGGACCGCCUCCUCCGGCUCGGGGCGAGCUUCGAACGGCUUAUCGCGAAGGCUCUCGAGCGGACAGCGCAAGUGCCGAACGAGGUGCUCCGCUACCUAGCCAGCUCGGACGCCAGCCGCCCGGCUGCAGGCCCUUUCAAGACGGAGAAGGAGCAGAACACAAAGGACCGGUACCUAGUCUAUUGGAAGCGAUAUCUCUGUUACUGCAUCCGGGCAGGCCGGCUUAGCCGAGAAGAGGCCACAGAGAAGCUCCGGAUCCGGUUUAACGACGCCCAGUGGGCUACACUCACGGACAUCAUCCAGAGAUUGGACAAUACCUCUACUCGUAAUAAGGACGACAAUAUCUCUGUAGUCUCGUCUACCUACAGCGAUUCCGAAGAGCCAGAGACUCUAGGGUACGAGCUAGACGGAGGAGAUAACCACGUCGAGGAUCCAAUAGACCAGGCCGUAAUGGCCUUCUGUGUCGAGUCGCUCCAGCAGAGGAUCGCGGUCCAACUGUUCAGCAACCCGCUCCUAUACUUCACAGCUGUGCUAGGGAUUAGCGGUACUCGGAAGAGCCACGCCUGGAGGCCAGCGAACGAGUAUACCACCCAGAUCGCAGGACUUGUGUGGUGCGCCCGUCUGAUUAUGCUGGAACAUAGCUUCGCAGGUUAUAAGGACGGUGAGGACGGCGAGGACGGCGAGGAUAUCGGCCAGGAAGCUAUCGAGCACUUCCGAGUACAGCACCGCGACUGGCUCGCCGAUGGCUCAUUCUCACCAUUUAGUGCGAUGACCCGGAUGAUGACAUACGGCAAGGGCUUCCGUAAGAAGGAGGGCGGUACGCCACGGCUUAUGUGGGAGGACAGUAAGGAGGCACUACGAUAUCUCGGCCAGCGU